AUGUCAAAACGAAAUGAUAAAUUAAGUUAAAAGCAAACUUAAAAUAAAUGGAUUGAUAAAGUUGUCUGCAAAAACUAUCGAAUUCUCAGUCCAUUAAAUUAAGGUUAAAAAUCUUCUUAUUUCAUAGGCACCUUCGGUCAUAUCUAUUUGGCAAUUCAUCAAAUAAAACAAGAAUAUUACGCUGUCAAGAUCUUAUAGACAGGCAAAAAUCCUAAUCUUGCUCAAUCUGUUAAGAAUGAAGUAGAUGUACUGUAUAAAUUAAAUGGGAAUAUUGGAUUUCCACGAUUAUAUUAUUUUAUUUAAAAUGGAACUGAAAGUUUCAUUGUCUAAACAUUACUAGGACAAAAUUUAUACUAGUUAUUAAUGCAGACUCCAAAAAAAGUAUUUUCAUUAAAAACAGUUCUGAUGUUUUUAGAUUAGGCAAUAUAACGACUAUAAUAUUUACACAUGAAUGAUUAUAUACAUAGAGAUAUAAAACCAGAGAAUUUUAUGACAGGUUUAAAAGAAGAUGAAAUUUAUCUUAUUGACUUUGGAUUUACAUUAAAAUAUAGAGAUUAAGGAUAACAUAUAGAAAGACAGAAAAAUGAGAAUGUAAUUGGAACUCCCAGAUUUUGCCCAAUUUGCUCUCAUUUGAGCUUAUCUUAAAAUAGAGCUAGCGAUCUAGAGAGUUUAGGUUAUUUGGCCGUUUACUUUUUGAAAGGUUCACUUCCAUGGAUGCACAUUCAUGCAGAGACACCAGAAGAAAAAAUAAAGUUGAUUGGAUCGAAGAAGAUGAAUACAUCUAUUGAAGAGUUAUGUUCUGGAUUGCCUAAAACAUUCGAAGAUUAUUUCAAAUAUAUUUAAAAUAUAUCAUUUGAUGGAGAUCCAAAUUACGAAUAUAUAUAGAAAUCUUUUUAGAAAUUAUAUCAAACAUUAGGAUAUCCUUUUGAUUCAAAAUUUGAUUGGACAAAGGAGGAAAUCAGAAAUUCUCAAGAUAACGAAAAGAAUAUUAAUAAAUAAUAGUAAUUUUUAGAUGUUGGAAGGAAAUCAUUUACAGCUGAUGUUAAUAUUGAAGAAUUACCAUCACAAAUUCAAAAAAAAUAAAUCGAAAGGAUUCAUCAUCUAAAAAUUUAAGAAGAUUUAUUUUUGAUGACUGAUUUGCAGCUGGAUGAGAUUUAAGAAUUCGAGCCAGGGCUUACACUAUUUGAAAGAAUGCAAUAGAUAAAUAAAUAAUAGUUAAAAAAAUAAAAAUGAAUAAAAUUUAUAUUUUUUGUAAUGAAAUAUAACAUUUAUUAUUAUCA